AAGUGGAUUUAACAAGUGACAUCAAUAAGGGAUCACAGCUUUCACCUGGAUUCGCCUGAUCAGUCUGUCCUAAUGUUUUGAACACUCAGUGUAUAUACUGCAUUAUAUUUCUCUUCAACCCCUAAAACAUUGCUGUUACAGCUUCUUAGCAUAAAUAGAUGAAUCCAGGGUCAUUCCUAUAUGUGUUUUCAUGGGAUCUACACAGUAUGAUGGAAGGAGGUAGAUAGAGAGAGAGAAAGCCAGGUGUUAAUUUGUUCCAGAACCCCUGCACGUCAUCAGUAGUGGAUGUUUACCCAGCGUGGCAUUGCGACUCCACAGCUAGAUACAAAAAGGGCCCUCCAAAGCCUUUGAGCUUACCUGAGAUUUCUCCUGUCUCACAUUAACUGUGCACACAUACACACACUCCAUAUUUACAUUCACACAAGUACAUACACACAGAUGACAGCAUAUGUGUUGGCAGAAGAGGUACACACAGUGGUCUGUGGUGCACCAGAGUACCUAGUUACCAAUAAAAUGUCAAUUAUUAGCCCCAGCAGUGUCUGUUUGUGGGAACACACUCUGUUUAAUUUGUCUGAGGGGUCAAUAGCCACAAAGAGAAGCCAAACACAGGUGUUGCGAUCUGGUCAAUUUCUCUCCAUGCCCUCACUCCUUGUCUGGCCUUAAUUAUUUCCUGUCUGACUCAUGCUGGGCUGCGUACCUAGUAUCCCGUUUGGGUGUCCUUCUUCAUCAUUUCAUACUUAUCAUUUCAUUUAACCUCCACCACCUGCUGCUCUUUUUUGUUUUGUUUCAUCUCCACUCUCAUUGUUUCCCCCAGCUCUUCAUUUGUCUUGAGACUUGUUUUAACAGCAGCUUUUCACACAGCCAGACACUGACGUCUUCUUCUCUCAUGUACCUCAUGCUUCUGGGAAUUUACCAAACAAGGCUUUCACCUGAAUGAAGUGCAAGAACACAAUUAAAGCUGUUUGGAAAACCCUCAAUGACGUAUUGUCUGGCUACUAUUGUGCCUUGGCCCUGAAAGAGCCCAUAACAGGCAUAACAGACAUAAAGCCGCUGUCAAGUCUGUCACAUCCCUUUUAAUUUGUGUCUCUCCUUCUCUCCAUUGAGCUACAGAUGCUUCUCAAUAAAAUAUGACAUAUGAAAGGUCUCCUCAGUUUAACAAGUCUUUCUGGUCUCUCCACAGGACAGAUGGGUGGGAGUUGAGAGAGACAGACAGACAUCCCCCUGCUCCUCCAUCUCUCCUGCCUGGACUUCUGCUCACUGCCCCCUCAGAGAUGGCAGAGGACAUGUGGGAGAACAGAACAGUCCCCAGCCCUUACCCCCACCUCCCCCUGUCUUUGCUACUAUGCAACGACACCUUCCUCAAUGACACCCUCCUCAACGACACCCUCUUCAACUGUAUCAACUCCACCAACAUUCCAGAGAUGCCAUUAGGACCCAGUGUAGCAGGGGUCCUCAUCCCACUCAUCUACAUCAUCGUCUGUGUCAUCGGCCUUGGCGGGAACAGCCUGGUCAUCCACAUUGUGCUGCACUACUCCAAGACGGAGUCUGUGACUAACAUCUACAUCCUGAACCUGGCCAUCGCUGAUGAGCUCUUCAUGCUGGGCCUGCCCUUCCUGGCUGUCCAGAACACCCUCCAGUUUUGGCCCUUUGGCUCCUUUAUGUGCCGCCUGGUCAUGACCGUGGACUCCAUCAACCAGUUCACCUCCAUCUUCUGCUUGACCGUCAUGAGCAUUGACCGCUACCUGGCAGUGGUCCAUCCCAUACGCUCCUCCAAGUGGCGGCGGCCCCAGGUGGCCAAGGUGGUCAACGGCACAGUGUGGGCCAUCUCCUUCCUGGUAGUCCUGCCUGUGGUAAUCUUCGCCAACGUCCACAAGACGGGUGGCACCUGCAAUAUCUCCUGGCCUCGGCCGGCCGACAUUUGGCGGGCGGCUUUUAUCAUCUACACGUCCACAGUGGGUUUCUUCUGCCCACUCCUCAUCAUCUGCCUCUGCUACCUGCUCAUCGUCUUCAAGAUCCGCAGCUCUGGAAAGAAGGUCCACGCCACGUCCACCAAGCGCAGGAAGUCGGAGCGCAAGGUGACGCGCAUGGUGGUGAUCGUGGUCGCCGUGUUUGUCUUCUGCUGGUUGCCCUUCUACGCCCUAAACAUCCUCAACCUGCUGGUGUCUCUGCCAUCAGAGUACCCGGGCCUCUACUACUUUGUUGUGGUAAUGGGCUACGCCAACAGCUGCGCCAACCCCAUCGUCUACGGCUUCCUGUCAGAAAACUUUAAGCGGGGCUUCCGCAAGGCCCUGUGUCGCUCCUCACGCAAGGUAGAGAGCCACGACCUGACUGAGCGCCAGCAGCAGCAGGAGGAGAGAGGGAGGGUGCUGAAGCCCCGGGAGAGCUUGAGGAGGGUUGUACGAGAUGAGGAGGAGGAAGAGGAUGAUGAUGACAGGGAGGACGUCACAGAGAUGACGGAGAUCUGUAGGAUCGCCCAGAGUGGGAACGGACAUCCUGAGAGUUCCCAGGCCCUGUUAACACCCAAGGCGCCAGCUCCAGGGGCAUCUGAGCAUGUGGUAUCCCCAGAAAGGAAAGCCAAAGCUGGUGACAUUGGUGGGAAAGGCCCAAGCUUGGGGCCUCCAGCAUCCCUGCAUAAUGGACACACCAAUGGGAGUGUCAAACCACUGCCAGAGGAGCCAGUGGAGAAGAACUCCUCACUGGAGAUAAGCUACCUAUAAUGUAAAAUAACUGUCUCCGAAGUCAGUUAUCUGAUGGAACUUGCAUUAAUAUUUUGUAGCAUUCAUGUAAUGUCUGUUUAACUGUACAGCGCUAUACACAUAUAGAGAAGAGAAGCACUCUGUAAGGCCAUAGCACCUUUCAUAAUUUAUUGCUGCAUUUCUGAUCAAUGGGCUGAGAGUGUUUGAACUCUGCAUCAAGCCAAUGGAAUUUGUGUUACAAUGACUUGAUACUGCCUGUAAAACGGUGUACAUACUAGGUUGUUUCUGAAGACAUUUGUAUAAUUUCAAUCUGUGUUUAUAUGUUUUACCACAUGAUCACUGUAUGUACAUCAUGUCUGUGCCUUUUUCCAAACUUAUCUGACAUAUCUGAUUGUAAUGGUAUUACAUUUUUACUGCACAAUGUGACAAUCAAUUAUAUAUAGAUGAAUGUAGCGUCACUUUUAUAUCCUAGUCAUUCACCUCGCUACACCUUAGCUGGAGGAACAGAGGACAGAAGAAAAAUAAGGCACCUUGUGUAGCUUCUAUCCCAUGCCAACAGAAUGGCCCUACACUCUUAGAACAAGGGUUACAAAAAGGUUACAAAAGGGUUCUUUGGCUGUAGAUAGCACCUCUUUUUCUAAGACUGUACCAAUUGUUUGUUUAGAUUGUUGGGGGGCACUGGGGGGUGCACAAUCUGAGGAGGAAAACAGGUGCCCCGAUUGGCAUAAAAUCAAACAGUGGUUAUAGAUUUUUGAGGGUUUAUUUUGCUUGUGUGUUGUGAGCCGUGGUUGUGUUUGUACUGCAGCUAUAUGGGGAAGAAAAGGGCUCUGGAAAGAGUUGGCAACUUGCCGGUGACAGUGUCUCAUGUUACUGAAUAUCAAGGUGGAAUAUCUGGUGACAGUGUCUCAUGUUACUGAAUAUCAAGGUGGAAUAUCUGGUGACAGUGUCUCAUAUUACUGAAUAUCAAGGUGGAAUAUCUGGUGACAGUGUCUCAUAUUACUGAAUAUCAAGGUGGAAUAUCUGGUGACAGUGUCUCAUGUUACUGAAUAUCAAGGUGGAAUAUCUGGUGACAGUGUCUCAUAUUACUGAAUAUCAAGGUGGAAUAUCUGGUGACAGUGUCUCAUAUUACUGAAUAUCAAGGUGGAAUACCUGGUGAGAGUGUUCAAUUUGCUUGAGGGCAUACCAAGGUUGCACAUAUUUGAUUGUUGUUGUUCAACACUUGACCCUCUGGUUUCUGUAACUCAGCCUAUAUAGUAUGCCAUUUGAAAGGUCAAGGAACAUCAGAGUUCCUAUACACUGAUUAUUUAUUUUAAGAAUGACUUUUUCCUGUUCUUUUGAAUGCUAUCUGGCAGCUAUGACAGGGGAGCCACAUUGGAGGCAUUGAGGUUGAACAGACAGAGGAUAUGAGAAUAUAGAUAGAUAAGAUAUGAGCAUGAAGGGCUGAAAUCACGACAUUGUAGGGAUGGUAUCUACAAUAUCUGACAUCUAGGGGAUUCAUAUGACUAAAUGUGUAAUAAAUGUAUUUGUUUUAUCAUAGAUAUGUACUUGGAUAACAAAAGGAGCGCAGAAUGUCAAAAUAGUGGAUGUUUUCUUUAGAGGUUUAGUUCAUCAGGGGAAAAGACUACUGUAAAUCAUGCACACACCAAGCCAUGAAAAAGAAACUGGUACUGUAGGUGCACACAAAAUAUGCAUUAUUAGACCGUUACACCAGAGUUAUCACACAGCCACAAGCCCUCAUUAACCAAUUUGCCCAGUUUAGUGGAAGGCAUUAGGUGAAACCACACUGACCAACACAUAAAGUGCCUCAGUAUAUUGUUACACUCCACCAACAUUGUUGACUCUUGUGUCCCUUUCACUGCAUUCAAUGAUACAAAUAGCAGUGUAUUGUAGAAAGCAGUUAACUCACUUGAACAAUGCUAUCUGAUCCAUGAUAAAUCAAUUUCCUCUGCCACCCCCGCCGCUGCCACACUCCCACACACACUCUCUCUCUCUCACAGCUGCAUUAAGAGGUGUGAAAACAUAAUUAAAGGCUUAUGAAAAGUGAAUUGUUUCACCAAUGCCAUGCUUGCAGUUCCUCUGUGCAGACUUGUGAUAAGCAGCAUACUGUGAAGUGUUGUAUAAUUGCCACUUUCAUGUCAAAUAUAUACUUGUUUACUUGUACUUGAGUUGUGUACGGGAUUAUUCUAUCAUAUGUGAUUUUUGUUUUCCACUGUUUGUGUGAUCUUUCCUCAGUGAUAAUCAGCGCAGUGCUUAUUGUAGACGGAGGUGAGGCAAGCAGCUGACCACCUGAUUGGUCGACGGGUGGUAUCUUUAUGAAUCUGUGUGAUUCAUUGUCCACUCUCUCCACCCACAGACGCCCACCUAAGUAUGAUAUGGGCACAGAAAGAAGCAAACAGAACCGCAGGUGACUCUGAUAACACUGAUAUUAUUCACUCUUUUUGGCAGUGGCUACUAUGGAACCACUAUGUAAACCGUGCCUGUUGUGCAAGGGUAAGAACACAACAGAGCCCUGAAAGUCAGAGAACAGGCAUAGUAUUUAUCUCAUCCAGAUGUGCUAUUUGGUUUGGGAUUAAAUCUCUCAAUCCAAGGGCAACACACAUGUUCUCAGCUAACUAUCUGUAGAGGAGCAUUCUUUGGUGUGGCCAUUGCGUUCCAAUGGGCCAUGCCAAAACACCAUCAGUGUUAUUGUGCCUUUUUUUAAAUUGUGUCUCAAGCAUCUCAUUGUGCCAAUGCAAUCUGACAGUUUUAUCAUUACUCAAAGAGACAGCUGGGGGGUAACAAGUAGAUGGUUUGCUGAUGGUUUGUGGGAGAAGGGACUGUUCUGGCAGAUGAGGUGUGGGAGAAGGGACUGUUCUGGCAGAUGAGGUGUGGGAGAAGGGACUGUUCUGGCAGAUGAGGUGUGGGAGAAGGGACUGUUCUGGCAGAUGAGGUGUGGGGGAAGGGACUGAUCUGGCAGAUGAGGUGUGGGAGAAGGGACUGAUCUGGCAGAUGAGGUGUGGGAGAAGGGACUCAUCUGGCAGAUGAGGUGUGGGAGAAGGGACUGUUCUGGCAGAUGAGGUGUGGGAGAAGGGACUGUUCUGGCAGAUGAGGUGUGGGAGAAGGGACUGAUCUGGCAGAUGAGGUGUGGGAGAAGGGACUGAUCUGGCAGAUGAGGUGUGGGAGAAGGGACUGAUCUGGCAGAUGAGGUGUGGGAGAAGGGACUGAUCUGGCAGAUGAGGUGUGGGAGAAGGGACUGAUCUGGCAGAUGAGGUGUGGGAGAGGGGACUGAUCUGGCAGAUGAGGUGUGGGAGAAGGAACUGAUCUGGCAGAUGAGGUGUGGGAGAAGGAACUGAUCUGGCAGAUGAGGUGUGGGAGAAGGAACUGAUCUGGCAGAUGAGGUGUGGGAGAAGGGACUGUUCUGGCAGAUGAGGUGUGGGAGAAGGAACUGAUCUGGCAGAUGAGGUGUGGGAGAAGGAACUGAUCUGGCAGAUGAGGUGUGGGAUAAGGAACUGAUCUGGCAGAUGAGGUGUGGGAGAGGGGACUGAUCUGGCAGAUGAGGUGUGGGAGAAGGAACUGAUCUGGCAGAUGAGGUGUGGAUUUCGUACUCGCCUGGUGGCUCUUUUCUUGAUUGUUAUUCUUGAAGUUGCUAUGUUUUGUGCAUCAGCAGGAGAAAAUCCCUAAAUGUAAUUAGAUUAAUACAAUAAAAAGUUGCUCUGGAUAAGACCAUCUGCUAAGUGAUGUAAAUGUAAAAUGUAAAAAUAAAGAUUUUGUGG